AUGUCAGAUCCUAUUUUGUCAGCGCUUCAAAAUACGCUUACGGUACCUUACUCUGAUUUGCAGAUAGCAACACAGAACUUUUCCGAAGACAAUAUCCUUGGCAGAGGAGGCUAUGGGGUCGUCUAUGUUGGGGAGUGGAAGCGAACCAAAAUAGCAGUGAAGCGAUUCAUGGCAACUGGAUCCAAGAAUGCACAGGUUCAACGAGAGCGACUCCGGCAGAGCCUCCAGGAGUUGAAAACUCUUGCCAAAUUUCGUCACGACAAUAUUCUUCCUUUGUACGCGUUUUCCCUUGAAGGUCCGGAACCAUGUCUUGUGUACCAGUUCAUGUCGAAUGGUUCUCUGGAAGAUCGUCUUUCGUGCAGACAUGGAACUCCUCCACUUUCAUGGAAGCAGAAAAGGGAAAUAGCUGAGGGCACCGCUCGCGGUCUUCAUUUCUUGCACUCAAUAGGGAGUGUGCCCAUCAUUCAUGGAGACGUGAAGUCGGCGAAUAUAUUGCUAGACAGACACUUUGAACCAAAACUUGGUGAUUUCGGGUUAAGCCGAGAUGGGAAGGUUGAAGCAGAUGCUGAGGAAAAGUCUCCGUUGAUAGCUUCCCAUGUUAAAGGAACUCUUGCUUAUUUACCACCUGAAUUUAUAACGAAUAAGAUAUUAUCCACCAAGCUUGACGUGUACAGCUUUGGCAUUGUUCUGCUGGAGAUAUGCACAGGUAUCGGUAUUGCAUUGGACAUUUGUGUUGUCGUGGCUUGGUGUGAAGGUAUCAUGCUUCUGGGUUUGAACUGUGCUGAAAAAGAUCGAUUCUUGCGACCUUCUUUUUCUCAAAUCGUCGAAUCGCUAUCAAAAUUAUCUUUUCUAUCUGAUUGA